AUGUGCCUCUCCAUCUGCUCCUUCCACUUCACCCUCUCCGAAGGAUUCCCAGGACCAUUGCGGUAUCGACACUCCCAGGACGAUGGCGUUUGUGCGAUCGUCCUGGCAGUUCUGAAUGGCUACGAGUACUGCAGAUUUACUCCGCAAUGCUCCUCUUACGCUGCGCGAAACUACCGGUGA